AAGAGCGAAGCCGUUUCCCGGGCGCGCGCUGAGAAGGGGGCGGAGCCUGAUUGGUUCUCGUUCGGCCGUGACGUGAGAGCUUCGCUCGGCCGACGAAGAGGCGUUCCUUUUCGGCUUCGGGUGGUACGUGAGGCCCCGGCUUGCGGCCUCGGCGGAAGGCAGUGAGGGAAAUGUCUCUCUAUGACGACCUGGGAGUAGAAACCAGUGAUUCCAAAACAGAAGGCUGGUCCAAAAAUUUCAAACUCCUGCAGUCUCAGCUGCAAGUGAAAAAAGCCGCGCUGACUCAAGCAAAGACUCAGAGGUCAAAACAAAGCACAGUCCUUGCUCCUGUAAUUGAUCUGAAACGAGGCAGUGCUUCUGAUGAGCGUCAGAUCGUAGACACCCCACCCCAUGUGGCAGCUGGCUUGAAGGACCCCGUCCCCAGCGGCUUUUCGGCAGGAGAUGUGUUGAUCCCUUUAGCGGAUGAGUACGAUCCGAUGUUCCCAAACGACUACGAGAAAGUCGUCAAACGCCAGCGAGAAGAACGGCAAAGGCAACGGGAGCUGGAGAGGCAGAAGGAGAUUGAAGAAAGGGAGAAGAGGCGCAAAGACAGACACGAGGCAAGUGGAUUUUCCAGACGGCCAGAUCCGGAUUCCGAUGAAGAUGAAGAUUAUGAAAGAGAGAGGCGGAAACGAAGUAUGGGAGGAGCUGCCAUUGCACCACCUACUUCUCUGGUUGAGAAGGACAAAGAACCUGUAUCCUCAUUCCCCUACGAGGAAGAGCCGAGGCCUCGUGGUUCAUCGUCCAAGGCCGCCAUUCCUCCCCCGAUGUACGAUGAGCCCGAGAGGCCUCGAUCCCCAACCGGGCCCAGCAAUUCCUUCCUUGCGAACAUGGGAGGCACGGUGGCUCACAAGAUCAUGCAGAAAUACGGCUUCAGAGAAGGUCAAGGCCUGGGGAAGCACGAACAGGGUUUGAGCACCGCCCUGUCGGUAGAGAAAACCAGCAAGCGGGGUGGCAAAAUCAUUAUUGGAGAUGCUGCUGAUAAAGCAGAUGCAUCGAAGAAAUCGGAUUCAAAUCCUUUAACAGAGAUACUGAAAUGUCCCACCAAAGUUGUCUUAUUGCGGAAUAUGGUUGGGGCCGGGGAAGUUGACGAAGACCUGGAAGGCGAAACCAAAGAAGAAUGUGAAAAAUACGGCAAAGUUGGAAAGUGUGUGAUUUUUGAGAUUCCUGGCACUCCUGAUGAUGAAGCCGUGAGAAUAUUUUUGGAAUUUGAAAGAGUAGAAUCUGCAAUUAAAGCGGUGGUUGACCUGAACGGAAGGUAUUUCGGAGGACGAGUGGUGAAGGCCUGUUUCUACAACCUGGACAAAUUCCGAGUCUUGGACCUCGCGGAACAAGUCUGAUUCUUUGGUCUGGAAGCCAAAUCCGGACACAUCACCACCUGGCGAUCUUAACCGUUUUCGGCUGCCUGUUGAGAGCCGAGGAAGAGGCGAGGUGGCAUCCUUUCUAGCAAUCUGGAAAUAAUUCUGGAAUGGCCUUUCCUGAUUCGUUGUGAUGGACAGACUUUAUUUGUAUUUU